AUGUAUCUCAUGGUCGCCACACGUCCGGAUCUAGCUGCUGCAGUGGGAUCAUUAUCCCAGUUCUCGUCCGACCCAUGCCCGACUCACUGGCAAGCUUUGAAGCGUGUGCUGAGAUACCUGCAAGCAACGCCCAAUCAUGGUCUUGAGUUUACACGUGAAGAAGGAAGCCGUAUCUGCGGGUACACCGACGCAGACUGGGCCGGCGACAUUGAGUCAAGACGAAGUACAAGCGGCUAUGUGUUCAUGAUGAGCGGAGGAUGCAUCAGCUGGAAAAGCCAGAAACAACGGACGGUCGCGCUAUCUUCAACAGAAGCAGAAUACAUGGCGCUUUCCGAAGCAACCAAAGAAGCAGUAUGGCUCAAGGUGCUUUUGGGGGAACUUGGUGAGAUGACAAGCGACGAAGCGAUCAAGAUGUAUGAAGACAACCAAGGAUCAAUCGCUCUCGCCAAGAACCCGGAGUUCCAUAAGAGAACAAAACACAUCGACAUACGCUACCAUUUUGUGCGUGAGAAGGUGGAAUCAGGUGAAGUCGUUUUGGAGUAUUGCCCGACUCAAGAUAUGCUGGCAGACAUGAUGACCAAGCCGAUCGCCGCUGUACAAUUUGAAAACAUUCGCGAUCGACUUGGGAUCCAAGGUACCGCAGCUAACGAGUCGAGAGGGAGUGUUGAAAAGACAGCGGCUGUGAAGAAGACACCUCGUCAAGCUGCGUCAAGUGUUGAAGCAAGUGGAAGACCAAGCUUCGCUAUACCGGUGGGUACCGGUAUGUACCAGUAA